CUUCCCCAAACUGAAUUUCCUCAUCCUCCAUUAAUUUCUUCGCUGAAGAAUCAGAGAGCAAAAAUACACCAUUGAAGAAUUCUUCUCUGAAAUUCGAAGCUCAAUCACUACUUCCAUGGCGAAAACAGCAAGAAAUUUCAGGAGCUCCUGCAUAACCCUAAACCCAUCCUUCUUCGUUCAGCUCCUCGCAAUUUCACCAUUUUCGACCCCGAAGAAGAACUCGAGAAAUCGAUCCCCCCGAAAUCUAAACCUACUCUUCUUCCUCUCUCUCUUCAUCCUCUGCACUUUCUCCGGAAUCUGCAUUCUCUCUUUCUACGCAAUUUCUCAAACCCCAGCUCCAUGCUCCGUAAUUUCGCCGAUUUCUUCGUUUUCCCCCUUUCUAAUGGCUUCUCUCUCUUCAAUUCUGAAAGACUACCCUAAAAUUUCGGGUCCCACUUUGUCCACAAGUGUGAUGGUGCCGUUGCCUGCGCGUGGGGUGCCUUCGAAUGCUAAUGUUUCCGAAAUCGAGAGGGAUUUUUGGAAUCAGCCGAACGGUGAGGGGUACAGGCCUUGUUUGGAUUUCAGCCUUGAUUAUCGGAAAUCGUCGGCGAAAGUUUCCAAGGAGAGGAGGAAGUUCUUAGUGGUGGUGGUUUCUGGUGGAUUGAAUCAGCAGAGGAAUCAGAUUGUCGAUGCGGUUGUUAUAGCUCGGAUUCUCGAAUCGGUUUUGGUUGUACCCGUUUUGCAGGUUAACCGUAUUUGGGGCGACGAAAGCGAGUUUUCCGAUUUAUUCGAUUUGGAGCAUUUCAAGAAGACGUUACAAGCCGAUGUUCGAAUCGUUACUUCCCUUCCUUCAACUCAUUUGGUCCCACAGCAAUCGAUCGAAAAUCAGCUUCCCUUUCACGUAUCGCCGGCCUGGAUUCGUGCAAAAUUCCUUCACCAACUAAACGAAGAAGGGCUUCUCAUACUAAAAGGGCUCGAUUCUAGACUCUCCAAGAACCUUCCUCCCGACCUGCAGAAACUCAGAUGCAAGGUGGCGUUUCAUGCUUUGAAAUUUGCGACUCCAAUUCAAGAACUGGGAAAUCAAAUUGCUAGGAGAAUGUGGAUUGAAGGUCCUUACAUAGCUCUUCACUUAAGAAUGGAGAAGGAUGUGUGGGUCCGAACCGGAUGCCUAACCGGGCUGGGCCCACAAUACGACAAUAUCAUAUCCAACGAGCGAAACUCAAAUCCCGAUUUCCUAACCGAUAAAUUGAAUAUAACCAAAACUGCAAGAAGGCUUGCAGGACUCUGUCCUCUCAGUGCACUAGAAGUUGCAAGACUUCUCAAGGCAUUAGGAGCGCCAAGAAACGCUCAUAUAUACAUAGCCGGGGGAGAACCGUUUGGUGGGGCCCACGCAUUGCAGCCACUAGUGCACGAGUUUCCAAAAAUAGCAACGAAAGAGAUAUUGGCUCGUGAAGGAGAGCUCGAUCCUUAUAUAAACAGACCUUCGGUUCUUGCAGCAAUAGACUACAUUGUCUCUUUGAGUAGCGAUGUGUUUUUGCCUUCACACGGAGGCAAUAUGGGCCGAGCUAUGCAGGGACAUCGAGCGUACGUAGGGCAUAGGAAGUACAUAAAGCCGAAUAAGAGAAUGAUGCUUCCGUUGAUGGAGGAUGGUUCGAUUACGGAGGGCGAAUUUGGAAAGAUAAUGCAGAAGCUGCAUAAGUAUUCAAAGGGGCAGCCUUUGUUGAGGAAUAAGAAAUUGGAUAGAGAUGUUUUGGCUUACCCUGUGCCUGAGUGUAUGUGCAAACAAUGAACAUGUAUUUGAUCAAUUCAUCAGCCAACUACUUGUUGGUUGUUGUUUUCAUAAUCCAUAAAUUUGAAA